AUGUCCUCCCUACAAUCCCUCCUCCUCCUCAUCCUCCUCCUCCAACCCCCAACCAUCCAAGCAACAACACCCCCAAACCAAACAACCCCACCCCCAAAAGCCUACAUCCUCCCCCCAACCCCCGUCCCGAGCCCCGCCCGAAUCCUCACAACAGUAAGCAACACCCACGCCUUCGCGGGCCCGCACCUCCUCUACAACAACGGCACCGCCUACGAAGGCUUCUACUUCGACACCGAGACUAUCCCCGCGGGGGCGCUCACGCUCUCCACAAUAGGUGAUGGGAGCAAUGCCCGCGCUCAAGGUGGAGUGAUGGAGUGGUUUGCGGCGGAUGAUUUAUCUGCGCUUGUUGUGGAGUUGAAUGUCCCUGAGAAGGGCGUGUCGGCUAGUAUUACGAUGCGCGCGCGCGCGCCGCUGCAUGUGCCUUGUGGGGUUAAGCAGGAGGGCGCAUCGUAUAUGUUGACGGAGCUGUUGGGGUGGGCGCCUGUAGUCGCUGGUGCGGAGGCGAGGGUUGAGGUGCUUGUUAAUGGGACUAAAAGUGUUUUUGAGGGAGCUGGGUACGCGGAUCAGAUAUUCAGCCUCCAACCCCUCUUCGCAGACCUCACACAGUGGUACUGGGGCCACGCGCGCGUCGGACCCUACUCGCUUGUCUGGUACUACCAUAUCGAUGCGAAGCAUCAUGUAAGUAGGAGUUUCCAGCUGGCGCAGGAUGGCAAGGCGGUUGUGGCUGCUUGUGGAGACCGCAGCGGGACGGUUACUCCGCUUGGUGGUGGUGGUGGUGGUGUGCCGGUGGCUGACCCUGCGGGGAUUACGGGGUGGGUGGUGAGUGUUGUGGAUGAGCGGGGGAGGGAGUAUCGGUUUGAGGUGCGGAAUGACCACGUUGCGCAGGAUCAGGAUUUGAUGGGUGCUGCGCAUGAUAUUCGGUGGAUUGGGAGGGUGGAGGGGGGUGGCUUGCAUGGGCCUCCCGGCAGACCACCGACGUCUUCAGAACGGCGCGGCAUCUCUAAUUCCACCCAUCACCACAACUACAACUACAAUUCCGACUACUUCCAUCUCCAAGACUCCCCUGGAGACCUCUAUCUCAAUGACCAAUUCCUCCAGCCCGACCCCAACCUGUGGCCUGAUUUCGCCUUUCCUGAUUUCCCUGCACCGAUCCCUCCCACCGACUCGUUCCACUCCUGCGAUCCAUUAUCCGAAGUGACCCUCACCGACGACGACUUUCUAACCUUGAACACCUUACACUGUCAACUUCCCCCGCCGACCGAAACCAUAUCGCCUCCUCACGUGGCCACGACCGACAGCGAAGCUCCCGCACCUGAUGCGUCUAUCUUGAACAAUAACGCUCUUCCCCGGCUGGCUCCUGCAACUCACAUGCCCACGCCAGUCUCUCACACCCCCUCGUCGACCUCAUCGCGCGGGACCUCCCCAAAGGAGACUGCCAACCGCGUGGUGAAACGAGAGCUCAACACCCAAGCUGCUCGUCGAUACCGCCAGCGUCGUGUCGACCAGAUGAGCAAACUGGAGGCAGAGCUAGAAGCUGUUAAGCGGGAACGGGAUGCAUUGAAGAUGCAUGUGUCGAAGCUGGAGGGCGAGACGGAUGCGCUGAGGGGGUUGCUGGAGUUGCAGAAGCAAAAAUGAGGUCGGAGGUAGGCUACUGGUUGAUGGUUAUGUUGAAGUUGGCGAUUUUUUCUACGCUUUACCUGAAUUCAUUCUAUUGGGUGCAUC